CGAAAGUUGAGCUCGCUCAUUCAUUUGGUGCUCCCUGCUGGUCCUUGGGAGUCGCGUUCAAGGCCAACGUGUGACCAAAUGAGGCGUCCAUUGGUCAUGGUUCAUAGCAUCUUCCAGCAUCUUUCAGGGGCUGAGCGGACCGCUGGUCUGAGGAUGCUGCUGCACAGCAAACACACCCUGACACAAGCCAAGAAGCCCAUCUCUUCUGCACAUCUCGCGGUGACACCCACCGCCUCAACAGCAGCUCCUACAUCCCUGCCCUCUGUUGUCAUCCCAACUUGCCAGCGCUCGGAGCUCCAAUCAUCAUUCCAUCGCCCUCAGCCUUAUUGGUUGCCAUUCGUCGGCGCCGCUGGGGCCUUAUCGUUGGCUAUGGCGAUGCGACGGCAUUUGUGUCACUGUGAGGAAGCCGCUGCGGCCGAGUCAGAUGAGCCAGCAGCAGCACCAGCACCAGAUCCACCACCUGUUCAGUCCGACAAGCUGACGUACUUUCUGCGGCGCCCUGCACUGUGGGCUGAACGGACCAUUCUCCUCAUCGGUCUUGGGGACGUCAAGACCGGCCCCCUGGUGCAGCUGCUGGGCGCUGAGGGCGACAAGAAGGUCAAGAAGCACAUGACAGAGUAUGAGAAGGAGAGGGAGGCCGACAGGAGGCGACAGGCGGCCUGGCUGCCCGUGCACGACAAGCGGUUUCACUUCCAGCUCAUGUCGAUGCACGUCGUGGGGGCCGACUACCUGCCCGACAAGGUCUUGGCGCACGAGGACAAGAUGGCCGUGCUCGCCGAGGCAGCCAAGAGGGCGUCGGAGGGGCUCCACGCCAUCGCACUUGUCGUGCCUGAGACCGUGGAUGCCAGCCAGGUUGACGCCUACAUCCACUACGCCGAGUCGAUUACCGGCCAGGGGUCGCUCGAGCAGCACGGCGUCAUCGUGCAGAUGACCACCAGCGACAAGCCAGCCCCACCCCCGGCAGACAUCCCUGAGAAGCUGCGAGCCAAGGUGAGCGGCCGGGUCAUCCCGUUCCGCGCCAUCCCGGCUGGCUCUGUCAACAUGGACGGCUGGGUGUUCCGCACAUGCCGCAGUGUCCCCGGCUGGGUGGCGAGUGUGGUGGCUUUCGUGGCCCCCCUGCCUCUGGUGCAGUACCUGUCGUCUCGGCACUCUUUGCUGUGUCAGCUGGGCCGCAUCUGGCGGGCCAACUCUUACCACGCCGUCGACAACGAAGUGCUGGCCAAGGCGCGUGAGGUGAUGGCUAUCGUCAACGAGGAGGUAGAGUACCAGCGGCAGGUCGCCAGGAAGAUCAUCGAGAGCUACAGGCAGACGGCGAACCAGAAGACACGGGACGCGACGCACAACAUCAACCAUGUGGACCCUUCGGCUGUCUACGACACACAGAAGAUUGAGCACAGGCGCAAUAUUAAGAAAUGGAUAGAGGAGAUCGAGGACGCCAUCGCCGACCCCGACGUGUCGCUGUCGCCGCGACUCAUCGCCCUCGAGAGGGAGCUGCGCGGCCUCAUUAAGACCCGCAUGCCGUCCUAUCUGGUGGACCACCCCGACUACCGCCCCCCAGAGAUCGACACCCGCACAGUGAGGCAGGCGGGGGAGCUGACGUACUCCGACCUUGAUAGAGUGGUCAAGUGGAUGGCCAAGGCGCCCAUCCCGGUGCCUGGGGAGGUCAUGCACCGCGACGUCUUCACGGGCGCGCUGAUGCCGAAAGAGGACGGGUCGUUCCCCGACCGCUAUAAGAAGCUGACGAGGGAGGAGAUACUGGAGGCCAACAGGAGGGUCAACCCAAACUCGAGGCACAUCCCUGCACACGUUGAGGCUCUCGGUAUGGGGGAUCGUGCGUGAGAUGCCUGACUUGACAGAUGAUCGAUGGAUGGAUGGAGG